GUUUGCAAUUAUGUGUGGCUAUAUGUCUCAGUUUGAAAGUAUACAAAACAAAAUCAGGAAUGGUUAUCUCUUUAAGGAGCACCUAGACAGAGCAAUUGAACUGAAGCCUCAGGAUCCCUUUCUUUAUUACCUAAAUGGAAGAUGGUGCUAUUCAGUAGCUCAGUUGUCUUGGAUUGAAAAGAAAGUAGCUGCUGCUCUCUUUGGGACUCCACCAACUUCAACAGUAGAAGCAGCAUUACAGAAUUUCCUGAAGGCAGAAGAAAUGCAUCCAGGCUAUUCCAAAUACAAUUAUGUGUAUUUGGCAAAGUGCUAUAAAGAUCUUGGCCAGAAAACCAAUGCACUGAAGUACUGUGAUUCUGCACUGUCAAUUCUCUCAGUUACUAAUGAGGCCCUAAGGAUAUGGACGCGGAUGUGGAUGUACUUUUCAACCUACCAAAACUACGUUCAGGUUUCUAGUUCACGGAUAAAGGUCAGCAACGUAGCUGAUGAAAUUGCAGCCCCCAGUUUCAAGCAAAACAGUCUUCCUGGUGUUUUCCAUCAGGAAUCCCUGAACAAGAAUUACCAGUGCACGCUGGCACAGACCAUAAUGGAGACUCUGACCCCCACAGUCAUUUGA